AUGGGUAUUGCUUAUCUGUCUGCGGUGGGGUUCACUGUCACAGAAUUUGACUUUCUCUCUUGUUUCUCCUGUUUUCAACCAGGGAAAGGAAACUACUGGACCUUAGAUCCCAACUGUGAGAAGAUGUUUGACAACGGGAACUUCCGUCGCAAACGCAAGCGGCGCUCUGAGCCCAACGCCCCUGCGACCGCAUCUGCAGCCUCCUCUCUGGGGGGCCUGAAGGCCGAGGAAGACCGACCCAUCCCAGCCACAGGCAAACCGUGUGGAAACAGCCCACCUCCAGAGCUGGACCCCUCGCCUUCUGCCAGGGACCAUCCCAAAAGCUCCUCUCCCUCCGGUAUCAUUUCAUCCACCCCUAGCUGCCUCAGCACCUUCUUCAGCGGCAUGAGCUCCCUAAGCAGUGGCGGCAGCCGGCUGACAGGGGGGCUCGGCAGUGACCUGCACCACAGGAACUUCUCUGCUGGACAGCUGAGCAGUGGCACUUUCACCCCGUCCAGCAGCUCUUCUCAGGAGGUGCCUUCACCAGAUCAGCUGCAGCGGGUUGCGGGACCUUCCCCCGCCUACUACAGCUCCUUCCAUCCCAGCAGCAGCAGCCAGGGAGCCCAGUACAACCACUACUACAACUUCACGGUUAACAGCCUCAUCUACACUCGGGAUGGGACAGAGGUGUAG